AUGCAUUCUUAAUGAGUAACUUAGAGGCAACUGAUGGGAGAAGCCAGAAAUCAGCAGGUAAAAUAAGGUGUGAUUGCAAAAGCGGAGUUUUAAAGAAUUUCAAGUGGGGGGAAAAGUGUUGGCAUUUGUAGGUGUACAGAUAAGUGAAAAGGAGCAAACUUGGACUUUUCUGCAACAAGCUGACCCAAAAAGGCGCAAACAUGUCUCUGGAGGUGAAGGAGAAGACUCAAGUGCGGGUUGUCUUUCUGGGGGCUGCAGGGGUCGGCAAGACGGCUCUGAUCAGACGCUUCCUCCAGGACACCUUCGAGCCGAAACACAGGCGCACCGUGGAGGAGCUGCACAGCAAGGAGUACGACAUCGGAGGGGUCAAAGUCACCGUGGAGAUCCUGGACACCAGCGGCAGCUACUCCUUCCCCGCCAUGCGCAAGCUCUCCAUCCAGAACAGCGACGCCUUCGCCCUGGUGUACGCCGUGAAUGACCCCGAGUCCCUGGAGGCCGUCAAAAGUCUCCGCGACGAGAUCCUGGAGAUCAAGGAGGACAAGUACACGCCGAUCGUGGUGGUGGGGAACAAGGCGGACAGGGAGGAGGAGCGCCAGGUGUCCGCCGACGACGUGCUGGCCACCGUGGAGAUGGACUGGAACAACAGCUACCUGGAGGCGUCCGCCAAGGAGAACUCCAACGUGGUGGAGGUGUUCAAGGAGCUCCUGCAGCAGGUGAACCUCCCCAGCCGCCUGAGCCCGGCGCUCCGCAGGCGCAGGGAGACUUUCCCGAAGGGCACCGACUUUCGGCCACCGAUGAACAAAACCAACAGCUGCAUCCUGUCAUAAUGAGACGGGCAGAGGUUCUGAUCCACAAAGAGACAACCUGGAGAAAGCCCAAUUAAGUUCUGCUGGACAGAGAAGAAAAAAAAAAAAAAGACAAACUCUGGAGACUUCAGUCAUACAAACGUCCAACA